UCUGAUACAAAACAAAAGGCACCAGCAGGCCCCACCAACAUAACCCAAGUCCUGGAGAAGGCAGGCCAGUUCACUACCUUCAUCAAGCUUCUCAAAGCUACUCAGGUGGCGGACAGAAUCAAUUCUCAGCUCAACAACUCAAACCAAGGCCUCACGAUCUUCGCACCCACUGACAAUGCCUUUGCCACCCUAAAAUCAGGCGCUCUCAACUCAAUCAAUUCCCAGGAACAGCUCCAGCUCGUGCAGUUCCAUAUCCUCCCCAGUCUCUACACUAUGUCCCAAUUUCAGACUGCCAGCAACCCCUUGCAGACGCAAGCCGGAAAUGGAGGCGACGGCCAAUUCCCCCUCAACGUCACAACCUCCGGAAACCAAGUGAACGUAACCACCGGAGUGUCGUCGACGCAGCCGUCGCUAAUACUUUACAGUGACAACCAGCUCGCUGUGUAUCAGGUAGAUCAGGUGCUUCUUCCUUUGGCGCUUUUUGGCGCGCCCCCCACGGCAGCACCGGCACCGGCGCCAAGUAGGCCCGAGAAAAAUGUCCGACCUUCCGAUUCUCCUUCUUCAACUACACCGGUUGAUACUUCAAGUGUGCUGGGUCUCAAUGUCCUGAGAGGGAAAGGGGUUAUCCUCAGUAUUGCAGUAUUGUUAUUGCUUGCUGCAAAGCUGUAAAAUGUUCUGAAUGUAACUGAGAAUUGUUUGUCACUGAAAUAUACUCCUGAGCGGAGAAGGCUUGCGUGCGCGCGUGCUAGUUUCUUGUU